AUGGAUUUCGAUAUCAUUAUUAUAGGAUCAGGCCCAGGCGGCUAUGUGGCCGCCAUUCGGGCAGCCCAAUUGGGAAUGAAUGUGGCCGUUAUUGAAAAAGAAUCCUUGGGUGGAAUUUGUCUAAACUGGGGGUGCAUACCCACCAAAGCGUUGCUCAAAAGUGCGGCCGUAUACGAAAAUUUAUGCCAUGCCCAAGAUUAUGGCAUUAUGGCCACGGGCAUUGCAGUGGAUUAUGGACAAGUUCAUGGACGCAGCCGUCAGGUGGCCGAAAAAAUGAGCAAAGGCGUGGCCUUUUUGAUGAAAAAAAAUAAAAUCACGGUCAUCGAAGGUACGGCCACGGUAUUGCCCAAUAAGCAGGUGCAGGUGGUGGAUGCCCAAGGUCAAACCCAAGUGCAUCAAGCCAAUCACAUUAUAUUGGCAACAGGGGCGCAUGGCCGAAGUUUGCCAUCGGCGCCCAUAGAUGGCCAGCAUAUAUUGGGAUAUAGAGAUGUAUUGACCCUUAACACAUUGCCCAAAAGCGUUUUGGUGAUGGGUUCGGGGGCUAUAGGCGCCGAAUUUUCAUAUCUGAUGAAUGCCAUGGGCGUUCAGGUACAUUUGGUAGAGGCAUUGGAUCGAUUGGCCCCCAAUGAAGAUGCGGAUUUGUCGGCCCAGUUGGAAAAAAGUUUCAAAAAACAAGGCAUCAAAACCCAUACUCAAACCAAGGUAAUCCAAGUUCAAAUUAACCCAAAUGGGGUGGAGGUGGAUUUAGAGACCCCCAAAGGCCCUCAAACGCUAACGGUUGAAAAAGUGAUUUCGGCGGUGGGCAUUGUGCCCAAUAUCGAAAACAUAGGCCUAGAGUCAUUGGGCAUUGCCAUAGAAAACGGCAAGGUGGUGGUGGAC